CCCCUCCUCCGUGUUAACGGUCCGGGGUUCUGACUGUCAGCAGUUGGGGAGAGGAGGCGGAGGAAGACGCAGGAACGUCUGUCUCCUCGUUGGUAAACGGGCUUGUAGAUAAUAAAUAUGCACUCUACCAGACUGAAGUGCGCCGAUUCGCAAAACUACCACCGAAAGACUCAAACGUAGUGUCACGAGACGAAGGAUGCGAUCUGGUCAACAGCUCACACCGUGGUCAUACCCUUUAAGGUCCAACCUGUGAAACCUGCUGCUUCAGGGAAGGGAUGGCCUCAGUCCUGACCAAAGACCCGACCAAAAGGGACUCAGAAGGCCGAGCCAAGUGCACUGUUGAGUCAGAGCCAGGCAUCAGAUCCACGGAUGCUGCUGACCCUCAGAAUUCUCUGGACUCCCGCGUCCCCUCAGGACCCUCAGACCCCCCUGUAAUCACUGGAUCUCCAACAUGUGUGCAAACAUCUCCCACUUCCUGUGAGGAGGUGCCUAUUUCCAGUCCAGACUCCCUCUACCGCUUCCUGUUUGUGGAUAAAUGCCAGAGAGAGUCUCAUCGAGUGGCUGCUGUCAUCCCAGGUGUAACGAGCAUGUUUUUAAUCUCCUCUGAGCUCAACAGCCAAAAGGCUUGUCUGCUGCAUCUACAGAAUGUGGUUCCUGAAUGUGGGCCAGAUGGUGGUGAUGUGCAUCGCUCCUCUAAUAACGCUUUCCCCUCCUAUUCCUGUGGAAAGAUCACAUCUUGGGGUCACCCUCCCUUGUAUGCAGCCCCGCCUCCUCCGUCUCCUCCCUUUUUCAUUCCAGCCAGAGAGCAGCCUGGCUCUGACAUGUUCAAGCUUGAUCAGCUGGACUCUAAACUUGUUAAAGAAGAGGCUGUGAAGGUUCGGCUACACGACAGAGCUUACCAGCACUACACCCAAUCGCAGGAAGGGCUAAAGAAGCUUUGUCCACUUUCAGAUAUAUCCCUUGGCAAUUUGAAUUUUCCACAUCCUAGUUUUGCACCUCUACAAGGCCGCACUGAUGCACAUUUUUCUUGGCAAAAGUCACCUGCAGCUUUGCGUCGCUCCAAAGAGGUCACAGCGUUCUAUGAUUCCAGCCAGGUGUUGCUACAGGAGGCCCUCGACUCGGAGGCUACGGGGAGCAGCAGCAGCUCAGAUGACGAGCCAGAGCACGGCGAGAUUUCAUCUGUUUUGUGUAGCAGAAACUUUGAGAGGAAGUGGCUGGAAGAACGAGCCGAGCUGGGCAGCAGAUGCAGCUGGCUGCAGAUUCGUUCGUCUGAACUUGAUGGGAGAAUACAGCAAAUGACAGAGCUUCACAAGAAUAUAUGCGCUACCAAGGGUAGAGUGGUGCUUGCAGACUCCCAACCACUGACUGACAGGCACAUUCAGCAGAUCCCCAAGGGAGAAAUGACUGAUUCUGAACCCUCCAGCCCUACACGCCUUCUGCAUAACAUAAAGAGUCAGAGUGACCAGCUGAACCUGUUUGUUAGCAGUCUGAAGCAUCCUCUCAGCUUUUCAACUUUUUAUAAUCAAGACCAGACGUUACAAGAGAGAGGUACCAUUAUCAGCGGUCCGAGAGGAGGUGAUGUUUAUCAGUUUGGGAGCUCUGAGAGGAAGAAACCCAGACCCAGAAGGCUCUUCAAAGCUGAUCGAUCCUUCAUGUGUGCUCGCACUCGACCCCUGGUCGCCUACCACAAGCACAAACUGUUCCAUUUCAAAUCGAUCACCCCCACAAGUCCACAGGAAACCAGAAAUUCUGCAGCAUCACUGUCCUCUCCUCUCUCACCACCUUCCUGUUUGUUUUGUUCCUGCCAUCCAGUAAACCUUUCUGAUUGUGGCUGUAGAUCCAACUUCAGAACACACCGUUCAGAGCCUGUUUCUGAUACGAGAAACAUCUCAUCACAGCACAACAGCCACAAAUACAAGAGAAGUGCGCAGGAUUAUCAAAGAAAAGUUCUGGGUCUGUCACCAAUCCAGGUGUUAGGGUCUGCUUGUAACCGUAGCAACAGAUCCAGACAGAGGAGGAGGAGGAAGAGGAGGAGGGGGAGGGGGUGGUGCAGCAGGCUGACUAAAGGUGAACAAGAUGAGCUGAACCAGGUCUUAGAUCUUGAUGAAAGCUCAGAUAAUCUACUGGAGGACAGCUACGUUCGUGUCUCAUACAGCCGGGUUUCACAGCAAAGAGAUGGUGCGUACAACAUAAGCGACAUUCUCCUUCCUGUGUCGCUUUUUAAAGUGGAGAAGCUGCAGUACAACAACAUCCAGACGCCCAGUUGGCGGGUAGUUAGCCCCCGGUGUCUGACCGAGGCAGAUAAGGAGGAGAACAAAGAGACUGAGGAGCUCGGUGAUCACGUAUUUGCUCAGAGACAUUUGCCUUUAGAGCAGAAAGAGAAACUGCGCUGGUCAUUCUGGAAAAGGAGAAAGUGCUUCAGGAGUCCCACAAGAUCUGACAGCAGGCAAUCAGGCAGCGGGGGUGGGAUAUGCACAUCAGGAGAGGAGAGCUCUGUGGAGUGGAGUAGUGCUCAGUUGGACUCUGAUGAGCAGCCAUGGGAGGAGAGGCUGCCUCGAGCAUCUUGGGAACUCCGAGUCUUUCCCCUGGAUGAGGCAGAGGAAGCUGCUUUGCUUUCCGAUGAAAUGGAGUCUCCUUUGGGUUGGUUUAGUCCUGCUUCUAUUCCAACUCAGGGGUCUGCUCAGAUUGUUACACUGCCCCCACACGGACAGCGUCAGAACUGCACAUCCAAUGGUAGCAGGGCUGCUUUUUACAGAUCUCCUCACACAAGGAACCAUGAACCAAAACCAUCCCCUGGGUACCCUAACAGGGCUGUGUUUAGUGAGGAUAUUGAUUUGAAAUGGUGA